UAUGAAUUCAUUGACGUCACCAUUCAUCACGUGAUGAAUGCCAGUAUGUUUCUAUAGUUACUGCCACUCCCUCACUAAAUACUAGUAAACAGUUACACAGCUGCUACAUAUCACAGUGACACUGCCAUGGAGAUAUAAUUGUAGCAUAACUCACUGUAGGUUAACUUCUCUAGCUGAACUUCAACUGUUUCGAGUUAGUUGUGCUUGUUAAGAAUGGCCUCACCACCAACUAGUGAGCAAGACUCUAUUAGGAACAUGCCUGGAUUUGAUUGUGAGUUUCUGGAGCCUCCACCUGAAAAUCUUCAAACUGACUGUCCAGUUUGUCAUCAGAUUAUUCGAGAACCAUACCAGGUCACAUGCUGUGGAAAUAAGUACUGUCAAUCGUGUAUCCAAGCCAUCACUAAUAAUCGGUGUCCAACUUGCAACACAGAAGGUUUCUCCAAUUUCCCUGACACAGGACACAAGCAAUCGCUCUAUGGCUUGAAAGUUCGCUGUAGCCACCAGAAAAACGGGUGUGAGUGGACGGGGGAACUGAGACAGCUUAAUGAGCACCUCAACACAGAUCCACUGCCAGAGACACAACUCGAUGGAUGCCCCCUGACAAUCAUCAACUGUGACUUUCACCACGUAGGCUGUGCUGUGAAACUCCCUCGACAAGACAUGCCAGAACACCAGAGGACAAGUUUCCAGAUACACACCUCUCUACGUUGCAGAAGCCAACAAGCUGAGAUUGCUGCUUUAACAGAUAAAGUCAGUAUCCUGGAGAGUAAAGUGACGAAUCUUGAACAAAACCGUUCGCUGGAAACUGCCUUCAACGAGUUUACAACUACAUUUCGCGCUGAAAUCGAGGCUAAGUUCAAAGAAAAACUUGAUGAAGAGAACCAGCGAUCACUACAGACUGCUCGUUCUGACGAUGCUCCACAUACCACCAUACCAUUCGGCCCACCUGUCCUUACAAUGACCAACUUCACUCAGCACAAAGAAGCUGGGGAUGUCUGGUUAUCCCCUCCAGUCUACACCCACCAAGGGGGCUACAAGAUAUGCCUCGCUGUACAUGCCAAUGGCCACGAUCGCUUCACGGGAACCCACGUCACUGUCUGUAUUCGCUUCAUGAGAGGAGAGUUCGAUGACUCUCUAAAAUGGCCUUUCUGUGGGAAAAUUUACUUCAGACUAUUAGAUCAGGCAAAGCAAACAGAGCAUCGAUCGCAAGUAGCUAACUACGACUACAGGGCAGAAGAAGCUGUGUGGUGCUGUAGAGUAACGGACAAGGAAGUAGCGGACAAGGGGUGGAGCCAUGAACUUGAUUUUGUUGCUCACAAGAAACUGAAGCCCCAAUACUUGCUGAAUGACACCCUUCUCCUUCAAGUGUACAAAGUAGAGCUUAGUUAGAAGUGCAAUGGCACCUAUACACACGCUGCUUAAAUCCCCACACAUGUUAUGUUACUUUUCUGCCGUUAUUAUAAUUAUUGUUAAAGUUGCAUUAGUUGUGUGUUCAUUUCUUAUGAUGUCUGUCAUGAAUCUAUAUUUUUGUUCA